AUGCCUGGCAUGAAAAUCACCCACUUGCCGUGUGAAGUUAUCACGGAGAUCCUGAGCCAGCUUGACAAUGUGCGCUAUCUCAAAGCUUCACUACUCUCCUGUCGAUUGUUUCACGACGCCUAUACCCAGCGUCCCAGUCUCGCCAAGAGAAUUAUUCGGAACCAGAUACCCAAGCAACUGUUACCGCAUGCGAUCGCGUUGACGGACGCACGAAGGGUUGUCAUGUCAGAAUCUACUCACAAAGUUUUCGGCUUCGCGCACGAAGAUGUGGAUGCAUUGACAAGCCAUUUCCAAAAGUUCUCGCUCCCGCAACUGAUGGUAAUGGGAAGAACCUACGACCUCAUUGUCGAUUUUGCGUCCGAUUUUGCUGCAAAGGCCUGGACCACCACCACCUUGAGAGACAUCCCGUCCACGAAGUCGUCAUCGAACCAUCUGCUCCUCUCUCCCAAGGAGUGGCUCCGCUUUUGCCGAUGCUUUUAUCGAAUAGAACUCUAUUAUGGACUCUUGACUGAUUUCGGAUUCGGCGAAGAGAACAAAAGGAGCGUCCAUAUGAAGCAAAGCACCCGAGAAAUCGAAGUGGGAGGUAAAGAAAUUGCCUUCGAUCUAGAUGACCAGAUGCACGCAAGCCGCCGCAUGCUUGCUUACCUUGCACCAUGGGAAAUCGAGCAGCUGGGAGCCGCGGUAGAGUAUCUGGGCCAGCGGUUGAUCACAGCUGCAAAGGAGGUGUUGGCUCACGACAUCGUCAUGGGUGUCUAUAAAGCCGACUACGGUCCCUGCGACAGAGGCGACAUCAUGUUGCAGAAAUGGCUUUGUCAAGGCAUCCAAUACCUCCGCAAGAUCGAAACAGCGCCAUAUGCCGCGAAAUGCCGUCUUCUACAACCUGGAAUCGACAUCAUCCCACCCAGUCUGCUUCAGGAACUCUCAAUAUAUCACAUUGAGAACGGCGAGUCUCAUCAUGAUACCAAGCUGAACACGUCGCUGAAGGGAACCAAUAUGGAGGACAUUGACGCUGAUGAAGGACCACGAAAAAGUCUGGACUGCAUUGCUCCUCGUACUGUCAUGAAUCCCGAGUGUGAAGGCUUCAGAGAAACAGCGUACGUGUUUUGGGACCAGGAACGCUUGGAGCAGUACAAUCUCUGCUCGACAAUCUCGUUGGACUCACCUUCCAGGAUGUCAACGGCGCGACUUCAAUGGACCGACAUGGACCAAUUCGACAUGGAGCACAGCUGGGAAGAGAGGUCGAAAAUAUGGACCUCGGAAGGAAGAGGCUACUGGUCCAAAGGGGAUUAUUCAAGGGUUGUGUGGCUUGGCCUGUUUUCUUGA